GCAAAACAGCCAGUAUUGCGGGAGGAGCGACGCGCGUUAGCCUAGCUAGCUACAGGUUCUUCCUGUGUGCUUUCUUGUCUGUUUGCAAGGGUUACUGCGGAACAUCUUUUACUUUACAGGCCCCAGUCGAUCGGAUCAAAAAUGAUUAUCCCGGUCCGGUGCUUCACCUGUGGGAAAAUCGUUGGGAAUAAAUGGGAGGCGUACCUUGGCCUCCUUCAAGCUGAAUACACUGAAGGUGAUGCCCUUGAUGCUCUUGGUCUGAAGAGGUAUUGCUGUCGGAGGAUGCUGCUGGCUCAUGUAGACCUCAUUGAGAAGUUGCUGAAUUAUGCACCCCUGGAGAAAUGAUGGAUACAACAACCACAUACAAGAAUCAUAUGGCUUAUUUAUGGACAAGCCCUGGCUGACUGCCAGUGAGGCAGUGCACCCUGAUGGAUUGACAUCCUCGAGACUAUUUUCAUACCUUGUUUGAAUCGUACAUGUUUUUUUGUUGUUGAAUAAAGCAAUAAAUACUACUCAAUUAUAAUAA